AAUGUCACUACAAAAAAAAAUUAUUAAUAAUCCCUAUUGCACUACCUAAAGCAUACUUUCAUUGUCGUGUAUUACUGAAAUACUAGAGUACACUAAGAUAUGCUAAUAUGGAAAAUAGAAAGCGGCAAGCUAUGCUGCUAAAUGUAUUUUAAAUUUAUAUUCAUCUAGGAGUUCAUUCAUUUCCUGGAAUUGUGGUUAAUGGCUAAAGGCAUAAUUUACCUAAUUAACUGUGCUUCAGGGUGUGCGUCAGAGCCUUUUGUGGAAUACAGUAUAAAAAGGCUGGAAACUGCGACAAAGUACAAAUCGCACAUUUGCUGGAAGUUCACUGUGGCCAACAUGCAACUGCUGUCAAGAGUAUUUCCCCUGAUUCUCGUAGCUUGGAGUGCGAGAGCAGCGAUAGCCAUGCCUGCUGAGGAGACACUAGCACAGUAUAACAAUGGGGGUUUCGCUAAAGAAAGGAAAGACUUCAUUUUGAAGAUUUUAUCCGAACUGUCAGAUUUCAACAUCUUGGGGAAAGAGAUGGCAGCUCUGAACUCCGAUCAGGUUAAAGAAUCCCAGCUUGGUGAGAGAUCAAUCUUCAAUCAAUACCCGCCCAAAGAAAGGACUCCCUGCAAAAACUUCUUUUGGAAGACUUUCUCGACCUGCUAACAUUGAACAACUAACAGUGUGUGAACAAGCGCAUUUGUAAAAUGUAAUCUUUCUGAACGUUCCAUGCAUACAUGUACUAUGUAAAGAAAAAAGUAACAUUUAUAAAUCAUAUUAAUGAAAAUCAAAGCAAAAAAAAAGUGUUUUGUUUUUAUCUGCACCCAGAUGGAUCUUGGUGGGAUCUUUAAAUUGGCCAGUCCCUGGUGUUAUUACUGAUAGAAAUUACAUUGCAUAUUAAAAUCAGCAACAACAAACGUAAGAGAUAA